GUUUAAAGAAUGUAUUUGUGAUUUAUGUAACUAUUAUAGAACGUUGUUAUGUAAAUCUUCUGUAAUGUGUAGGCUAAUAAUAAAAUCAUAUUAUAGAGAAUAUGAAAUGUGAUUAAAUUUUUAUGCAAAGGUUAAAUAACCUUACGACAUCUUUAUGUAAUGAAAAUUGUUGAGAUAAUAAAUAUUUUAGUCAAUAAUAAAGAGAUUAAGUUAUGAAAAGUAUCACAUUAUAUGAAAUCGCUAAGUAAAAAAAAAACUAACACUACAGAGAUUUUGUGUAAUUCAAAUUCAUGGUAUGGACAUUAAUUUAGUUAAUAAUAAAGCAAUUUUAUUAUUCCUUCAUUCAACCUUAUCUUAUGAAAAAAUUACGUAGUAACUUUGUUUAAUUGAUAUAUAAAAUAACUAUUAUUUCAUAAGUUUUAUAUAUUAUCAAACUUACAUAAUAUGUUGGUUUGAUUGAUAAAUAAAAAAUAACUAUUGCUUUGUAUGGUUUAAGUAAUUAUUUGUAAUUUUAUGUAUUGUCGGACUUACAUGGUUUAAUUGAUAAUAGAAAAUAAGGGUUAAAGACACAUUUGGUCACUGAGAUUAAAAAAUCGGGACAUGUUUAGUCACUAGAAAAAGUUAAUAUCAAAUUUGGUCACUACAAUUACUAAAAUUGGACGCAUUUAGUCACUCGCCGUUAGUCUCUGUCCAACUCUGUUAAUGAAGUCCGUUAAGUGCUGAUGUGGCAAACAAAAUUGCCUAAUCAGCCGGAUAUAACCCAACAAAAAUAAAACCCGACCCGCCACGUCAUUAUAACCCACCACCUCAUUAAAACCAACCCAACCCUACCCAACCCUUCUUCCUCCCACCUCGGCACCUCCCACCUCCUUCUUUCCCCAAAACCACCGCCGCCGCUCUCCUCCUUCCUCCCACCUCCUCCCACAAACCUAUUCGACCUGCUGAAGGGUAAUCGUCAAGAUUCCUCCUGUUGAAGUCCCGCCGAACCCAAUUUAAGGUUUUCCCCAUCCCAUCCAAAUUCGCUGGGCGGGGAGAAGAUCUCUCCGCCAUUAAUCUGCCGCCCUUCCUUCAUCUUCUUCCUCUGUCAUUCCCAAUUCCAAAAAAAUCUUAUUUCAACUCUUAUUCUUCUUUUCUUUUCCAUUGAUUUAAUGGCGGCUCCUCUAAUUCCUCAAUUGCUACUCCUCUUCAUCCUGGGUACUGCUAAUUUCUUCCCAAUCGGGGUCGUUUCCACAACCAUCACAAUCACCAACCAGUGCGACUACACGGUCUGGCCGGGCAUUCUCUCCAACGCCGACGUGGCGCCGCUGCCCACCACCGGAUUCGCGCUCCGGAAGGGCGAGACCCGGACCAUCUCCCCGCCGGCCUCCUGGGGCGCCCGCCUCUGGGGCCGGACCCACUGCUCCGAGGACUCCAUGGGCAAAUUCUCUUGCAUCACCGGCGACUGCGGCUCCGGCCAGGUCGAGUGCUUCGGCGCCGGCGCCGCACCCCCCGCCACGCUCGCCGAAUUCAAGCUCGACGGCUACGGCGGCUAGGAUUUCUUCGACGUCAGCCUCGUCGACGGCUACAACCUCCCCGUCCUCGUCUCGCCGUAGGGCGGGUCGGGCCAGAACUGGUUUGCGGGAGGAGGUGGGAGGAAGGAGGAGAGCGGCGGCGGCGGUGGUUUUGGGGAAAGAAGGAGGUGGGAGGUGCCGAGGUGGGAGGAAGAAGGGUUGGGUAGGGUUGGGUCAUGGGUUGGGUUGGGUUGGUUUUAAUGAGGUGGCGGGUUAUAAUGACGUGGCGGGUAGGGUUUUAUUUUUGUUGGGUUAUAUCCGGCUGAUUAGGCAAUUAUGUUUGCCACAUCAGCACUUAACGGACUUCAUUAACGGAGUUGGACGGAGACUAACGGUGAGUGACUAAAUGCGUCCAAUUUUAGUAAUUGUAGUGACCAAAUUUGAUAUUAACUUUUUCUAGUGACUAAACAUGUCCCGAUUUUGUAAUCUCAGUGACCAAAUGUGUCUUUAACCCUAGAAAAUAACUAUUGCUUUGUAUGUUUUAAGUAAUUAUUUGUAAUUUACGUAGAUAUUAUAAAACAGUGUUAUAUAAAUAUUCCGUAAUAUGUGGGUUAAUAAUAAAAUCAAGUUACAAAUAUAAAAAAUGAUAUUACAUAAAUAUUCGGUAAUGUGGUUUAAUGAUAAUAUUUUAUUUGUGUCGUUUGGUUUUCUUUUUAUCAAAAGAGAAAUUGAAAGCAUAUGCCUUCUUCCCUCUCUGUCAAUACACGAGAUUGCUUGUUCACACCAUGGAGAUCCAAAGAAGAUCAUAUGAUAUUUUGAAGUUCGACAGAAUUGAAAACAUUGUGAUUGAGGUGAAAGAAUUGUUGAAUGAACUCGCAAUCAGCUAGAAGGAUGAGGAGCUCUAAUCGAGUAAAGGAUCGAGAGUUGGGUUAAGGGAAGGCAAUCAAAAUACUAAAUUGUUUCACGCUUCUACUAUACACCGAAAGCUGAGAAACAAGAUUGCAUCGAUGAAAGAUGAUGAUGGUAAUGAAAUUUCCUAGUCAAA